AUGUCUACGAAGCAACAGCAGGUAACUGUUGGAUGCGUUGCAAUAAGUCCGUUAAAAUUCUUAGCAAACAUCAUGACAGAUUCAAUGCCGGGUCAGUCCCAAGUUGGCCGCAGACAGUAUGGAAAGAAUGAUGAUCUUCGAUGGUCUCCUUUUACCAGAAAUGUAGCCGGCUUUGACAGUUCUGGAAACAUGGAUGCCCUGUGGCCUACCUUGAACCCACAGCCGGAGAUGACUGCCUCUAGGGAUCAACAGUCACAUUACAGGGCAGUAGCUGAAACAACACGUAGUGAAUAUGCAGCUUUGUUGGUGAAAUAUAACAGUCUUCAGGCAGAGGCAGACGAGCUGAGGAAUACAGUGGCAUGUAAAGAAGUUUUGUCUAUGGAGAUGAAAACAGAGUUGGAAAACUACAAGGAAAAUAGUGCACGGCAAGCUUCCCUCAUAAAAUCUCUGAAAGAUCACAUUCGUGGAAUGGAAGAAAUGUCAUUAUCUGUAUCAGCUGUUAAGUCACAGAAAGAUGGAAGCAUUCAAGCAUUCAAGACUGAAAAUAAUGAGCUGAAAGAAAGAAUAUCUGAACUGGAAUCUCGCCUCAGGGUUCUUCUAGCUGACAGAGAGGUUGCAGAGCAAAAAGCCACUAACAUGGAGAAGAAACUGAGAGAUGGAGUAACUACCUUGGCAACUAAUCUUCACAUAGACAUUACUGGAAAAGAAAAUCCUAUGUCUUUCUUAACAGCAAAGGUUUCAGAAGUUCUGAAAGAGCAUAUACUGCAAAGGACCAGAGUUGCAAAUUUAGAAGAAGCUUUAGCUAACCAGGAGAGAGAAUUAAAGGCAAGCAGAGAGACAAUCAUGAACCUAGUCUCAGAAGUAGGAAAAGAACAAAAAGCAGCAAUGUCCUGUUCUGAACAACUGAAAAUACUAAAGAGGGAGAGAGAUGAUGCCUUACUACUUAAAGCAAAUACUGAGAGAGAACAUAAGCUCCUGCUUACAAGACUGGAAGAUGUUCAAAAGGCUUGGGAUGCUUCUAAUUUAGAGCUUCGACAAAAUGAGAAGCAAAUGAGUGCUAUAGAUAAAACCCUGCGCACCAGUGAAUAUGAAGCCAGAGCUUCACAGGCACUCCAUCAGACCUUCAUAAGUCAGCUGGCUACUCUCCUAAGUAAUGGUUUCAUAACAGUGCCAAAGACAGAAGAAGCAAUCAAGGAAAGAGUACGAGAAAUCUGCAAUAAUGGAAACAGCAAGAGCUCUGUAAUAGAGGAGCUUGAAAAUAAAAUUCGGAAACUGACAAGUCAGCUGGAACAUCAGAGUGAUCUUUACCAUCAGACUCUAGUAAGAGCACACAAAACCGAUGACCUGCUUAAUGAACACAAAGAAACACUCAAGCACUUAAAAGGAAGACUAGCAGCUGAUGACCUUCUUAAGGAUGGAAUCCAUUUACAAAGGAAAAAACAUAUGAAAUUUCUACGGCUUUUAGUGGACAAACUGAAGAUAGAUCAAGCUGUCAUGGAAGAUGAUAUGCAUAUUCUCUAUGACCAGAUUUUGGACAAAGCAGAAGAACUGGCAAAAUUAGAGAAAGACAGCCUUAAUGAAAAUAGAAAUCUUCUUUAUAAUCUGCAAAAAAAGGUGAAGUCUCAGAUGGAAAAAAUAGAAAAAAAGGAUAUGCAGAUUGAGCAUCUAGAAAAAAAGAUUAAACAAAUAGAGAAAGAAAAAGAACACCAAAUUACAUUGGCUGCUGAUGCAACUCUCCAUGGUCAAACCAUUCAUAAGUUACAGAAGAAGAUUGAAAUGCUGCAGGAACAGCUGAGUGAAACAAAAAUUUCAAAUCAGAAUAUGAAAUCCAAAUUUGCUAUUGUGAAAGAACUCCAAGCUAAGACAACAGAACAAAAUAAAAAUGUGGAAGAACUUCAGAAAUCCUUGGAAAAAAUGGAAAAGAUCAAAGACAAAGCAGCAAAAAGGGUGGUUAGCUUGAAAACAGAGUUAGAUCACACACAAGAUGAGAAAGAAAAGGCCCACCAUAUGAUGGAUGCAGUCACUAAUGAGCUGCAUACAGUGAAAAGGGCACUUGAAGAAGUAGCUAAAAGAGAACAACAGCUUGUUGAAUUUCGAGAAUCUGUUACAAGAAUGAUGGGCUUCAACAUAAACACGAUGGCAGUUCCUGAUUAUGAGAUUUUAAACCAGCUAUCAAGACUGGUGCAAACAUAUGGCUCCCAUAAGCUAGCUAGAAGCAUUCCUUAGGCAAAGUACAAAAAAAAAGGGCAGCAUUAAUCUUUCAAUAUCUGUUAAUACUCCAGCACACCAGAGGAGAUUUUUGUAUGGUAUCACAAUAGUAUCCAUUAAUAAUAAAACCAUUUCAUUAUGAAAUAAUAUACUUUCUGAUUAUAUAACUGCUCUCAUGUUAAAUUCCAUGACUAUGUGAAAUAAGAACCAAAUGCUCAGAAUUAUGAUACCACAGGAAUGGCUAUAAAAUCAUUUUUAUAAUCUUCCAAAUACUCAUUAUGUUGCUUGUUAUUUUAUCUAUGAAACUCAGAAACACAUGAAUACAAAAAAGCCUUACCUGAGCAUGCCUAUUCCCACUGAGGCUGUGAAAAUAUAUAGUCAUCACCAGAAAUUAUGAUUAUUUGUGUAGAAAUGAGAUACUCUUGAGUCUUUUGGAUAAUAUCAAUAAUCUACAAAAAGCUUGUCAAAUGUAUUGUUUGGUAGAUCUGUCUGUACAAAAGCAUUACUGCAAUUUAAGUAGCAAUCAUUUCUCUUUAGUUGCUACAAGAAGAAGGUAAACUACAAGUUAAAAGCAGCUACUGACAUACUGAAAUAAAUGUACUCAACACUGGUUGUUAAAUAACAUCUUAGGCAAAAUCAGAUUAUACCCUACUUUCAUAUUUUUCCUCACCACAUUGACGUUAUGAUGUGUAAUUUGUGUCACAUGAAAAUUUGAACAGAGCUGAUCUAAUCACACUGCUUAUACCUAUCUAUCUAUAUAGAUAUAUAUGUAGAUCUACAUAUAGAUGUAUAAUAUGUGGGUGCCUCUCUAGGAACAAAGUCCAAGCUAGAAACCAAUUUGCUCUUCCUGUCCUAACUUACAGUUUUGGAGUGAGUGACUGGCCCCAAAAGGUGUUGGAUCAUUUAGACAGGAAAACAGAAAGUAUGCUUCAUGUUCAUCAGAUGAUUUAUAAAAGUCAGUGCAUACCAAGACUAUAUAUUCCCCAUUCUAAAGGCGGUAUGAGC